UCCAACAUCUCUGAACAAAAACUAAGAGAACAUGUAGAAACCUGUGUGAGGCUCUCUGAUCCUGGACCUCAUGUGUUCCUGCUGGUUCUGCAGCCUGAAGACUUCACUGAGAACCACAGAAUGAGACUCUGCAGAGUCCUCCAGCUGUUCAGUGAUCAGUCAUUUGAGCAUUCACUAAUUCUGAUGUUAACACCCAAAGGAGAAGAGAAUUCAGAUUACAUGGAAAGUUAUGAGAACCAUCCACCCUUAAAGGACAUGAUGGAAAAAUGUGCAGGCAGGUUUCUGUGGCAGAAGAACCUCGAGCGCUCGCAGCUGUUAACACGCAUGUUUCAAAUAGUCAAAGAGAACAAUGGAGAGUAUGUGAGCUGUGAUCUAUAUGUGGAUGCUUCACCGAAUGUUCACUGGAGUCUAAAAAACACUCAAACACGAACUGUUGUGUCGGAUCCUGGACGGAGCUCUAACACUGAAGGUAAAAGGAAACUUUUGCCCAGAGCCUCUGCUCUCAGGAUUGUGCUGUUGGGAGAAAAAGAGGAUUCAAAGAGGACACUGAGCAGCUUCAUCACAGGAAAAGUUCAGAAACCUCCACGAGCUGAUCACUGUGUGGCCAUCUCUGGAGAGUGGGAGGGAAACAGUUUAACAGUCAUUCAAACUCCAAACAUCUUCAGUCUGUCUGAGGAGACUGUGAGAGAGGAGAUGAAGACCUGUGUGAGUCUUUGUCCUCCUGGACCAAAUGUUCUGCUGCUGAUAGUGGAGCCUUCAGUCACUGAGGAGAAGAAACGAAGGCUGAACUUCAUCCUGGGUUUGUUUGGUGAAGAUGCCUUUAAACACUCAAUGCUCAUCACUGCACAGGAGGGGGUGGAGGCAAACUUCACUGUAAAUCAGCUGCUUAAGAAGUGUGAAGGAAAACACUAUAGUAUGUAUAAAAAUGACCUCAAACUGUUAAUGAAUAAGAUUGAGACUAUCAUGCAUGAAAAUAGAAGGAAUUUCCUCAGAUUAACUGAAAAGACCACAGAACCAAAGUCUGAACCGAUCAAACCGUCUCUGAACCUGGUUCUGUUUGGGAGGAGAGGAGCAGGGAAGACGUCAGCAGCCAAGGCCAUUUUAGGUCAGACUGAGCUUCAUUCAGCCUCCAACUCAUCAGAGUGUGUUAAACAUCAGGGAGAGGUGUGUGGACGUUGGGUUUCCCUGGUGGAGCUGCCUGCCUUGUAUGGAAAACCUCAGGAGGCAGUGAUGGAGGAAUCACUCAGGUGUAUCUCCCUCUGUGAUCCUGAGGGUGUCCAUGCCUUCAUCCUGGUCCUACCUGUGGCUCACCUCACUGAUGAAGACAAGGGAGAGUUAGAGACCAUCCAGGACACAUUCAGCUCUCGAGUCAAUAACUUCACCAUGAUUCUGUUCCCUGUGGACUCAGAUCCUACAGAUCCAGCUGUUGUCUUUGUAAGACAAGACAAGGACAUCCAGAUGCUCUGUGAGAGAUUUCAAGGAAGAGCUGUCAUUCUCACUAAGGACAAACAAGAGAUCUCAGAGGUGUUAAAUGUUGUGGAUAAGAUUAGCGCUUUGGGAUCUAAAAGCUUUAAAAAGGAAUUUUUACAGGUACAGAGUAUACGAAACAAACUCAAGCAAAUGAGAAUAAGCAUAGUACCAAUAGAAAAAUGGCAGAGCAGAGAGACAAUCAGGAUGGUGCUCAUUGGAAAGACUGGCUGUGGGAAGAGUGCAACUGGAAACACCAUUUUAGGCAAAGAACAUUUUGAAUCGAAGGCCAGCGGUGAGUCAGUAACAACAUCUUGUCAGAGAGCAGAAGGAAAGGUUGAUGGACAGCCUGUUGUUGUGAUCGACACCCCCGGAUUGUUUGACACAACUCUGUUCUAUAAUGACACUGAAAAGGAGCUUCUGAAGUGUAUCGACAUGUUGUCUCCUGGACCUCACGUGUUCUUAUUGGUGCUUCAAAUCGGCCGUUUUACACAGGAGGAAAUAGACACUGUGAAGCUGAUCAAGAAGAUCUUUGGUCAGGAUUCAGUUGAUUUUAUCUUUGUUGUGUUUACCAGAGGUGAUGACCUGAACAAUCAAUCAGCUCAAAGCUUCAUUGAAAAAAGCUCUCGUGGAUUUCUAAAAAAACUAGUUGAUGAAUGUGGAGGGAGAUACCAUGUCCUCAACAACAAAGAUCAGAAAAACCGCCUUCAAGUCACUGAGCUGAUGACCAAAAUUCAAACAAUGGUCCAUAAAAAUGGUGACAACUACUACAAGACAUGGGCACCAAUGAAGAAUCAAUUGAAGAUCAUUUUGAAUGAGAUGGAAGAAUUACAAGAGGCAAAGGAGGCUCUUAUAAGAAAACAUGAGAGGGAAAUGUUAGAGCUGAGAAAAUUAAUGGAAGCACAAAAAAGUCAAAUUAAAGAUUUAAAAGACAACAAAAAUUAUUCUCAAGAAAUAGAGAAGAAAAUGAAGACGCUCAGCGAGGACAUAGAGAAGCUGAAGAACGAACAAAAAGAAAGAAAGAAAAGGAGAACAAAGUGUCACUUCUUAUAAUAGUGUCCGUCCUGGUUUAAGGAUCUUCCAAACUCAAGACACUGUGGCACAGCUGAAGUGUUACUGCUGGCAAGGUGGACCGAGAACGGCGCUGAAAGGUCCUCAUCAAGAGGACGAUUGUGCCUGGUUCUGGGAACAUAAAUUGAAUAAUGAUUUGUCCUAAACAAAAAUUUUAAAAAGCUUCAGGGGCCCAGGUGAGAUCCAAUCAAACGACUUUAUAUGUAUCUGUAAAUGUGGAACUAAACUGUGGGGGAGAAAGAAAAACAGGAAAGGGCUCCGGCUACUGGACUUGGAUUUAAACAGUCUUUAGUUUGGGAGAUUUGGGAAUUCAUGAUAUUUUGAAAGUUUGGUUAAAUAUAUUAGAUUAAAAAUAUAUAUACAUUUCUGUUGUUUGGUUUCAUUAAGUGCUUAUUUAUAUUUUCAUUUUGCUUGCAUCCUUUGUGCUGGUUUGAGGGAUUUGCAGAAAGAAACAAGGACUGAGGCAAACUGACAAACUCUGAAAUGUCAGCAGAGAUUUGCCUCACUGGCCAAAAUUAAAACAGCAGAAAUACAACAACACACCACAUAUGACACUGAACAUAAUUAAUAUUAUUAGAGUUUAGAAUAUGACUUUAUAUAAAAUAAAUAUAUAUAUAUAAAUAAAAAGAAAUAGCUAAUCAAAGUUCUUCAGGGAAAUCUUUAUAAUCUUUUAUCUGCUUUGUUCUGUGCACCAAGAGGAUCAAGUCCUACUUUAUUGUUUCUUACUGUAAUUCUCAUGUGCACCUGCACCACACUGUAAUUAUGUUCCUCUGAUGUUUUAAUGGUUUAAUAAUAACCUCACAAAGUGAAGUUUGGACAGUGGUUUUAUUUAGUUAUUGGGGAGAUUUCUUGAAAA